AUGAACUCUGAAGUGAAUGGAAUCACUCUUGAAGACCUCAUCCAGCGAGUAAACAAGCUUCUGCGGUUCCCGAAGUCUUCCCCCGCAAGAAGAGAAUUCGCUGCGAAUCUCUCCAUCGUGGCACUCGGGAUAAGAGUGGCGUAUCUUAUUGACACAUUCUCUCCAGAUGAAGGAGAAAUUACCUUACAACGAUUAUUAACUUCUCUGCGUCAGGAAUCUUCAUGUUUCAGAAACGUCCGUGUCAUAUAUGCAGCAGAGCCUCAACAAUAUCUUUUUGUUAACAUGCCUAUGCUGCGUGAUCGGGCACAGUCCUUCCAUUUCCCGAGCGAUAGAGAUCCAUCCGAAGCUAACUCACCACUAUACGAUACAGUAUUUGUCCUUCUUGACCGAACGGAGGUACUAAUACCGCCUCCCUCAGAAGUCAUUCAAAUCGUCAAACAAAUCGCUGAAAGCUCAGAAGAUCCAAUCUCACUUCCAGAAAUCCUGACAACAAAAAUACUUGUCCCUCUAUCCGGCUUUCUGCUUGAAUAUCCAGUUGCUUAUGUCCCGUCAUCAGAGACGUCUUCAAAUUUCUUGGGAGGUGUUCCAUUGGAUGUGUAUGAAUGCACUAUCGAUCUAAAAGGUACACACUCUGGGGAAACCGUGAGAGAACACACGCUUCUGAAGUUCUCGUGCCCCGCACACCUUGCGGCGACUUGCACCACUCUGGAACCAACCCGAGUUAUCGGAGAGCUUGAACUUCGCUUUCGAGAUCGCCUGACGAACACAACGGACAGAUCGAGUUCACUCAAGGUCACUCAUUCGGUGGUCACGCAGGACAGAAUGGCUCUCUAG